ACGUGCCUUGCGCAGUGACAUCAAAACGCGUCGAGUGGGUGUAGGACAGCGAGGUGGAGCCCUUGUCGCCAUUCUUAUACUUUUUAUGUGAUGUGAAUAAAACGGAACUGAAGUACAAACGCAUUAGGGAAACAGUACGGCGGGACAAAUUGUUGUGAACGUCAUAAGUAUUGUAAGAGUGGGGAAAACAACUUCCCAAUAUAUUGGCGGGAUAAAACGCAUUUUAUAUGCAUCGCAGUUUUCUGUGUUUUUUUUUUGUGAAAUACAGUUUGUUGUGUAGUAGACAGGUUGUUACUGCUGUGCUCGCGAGCGUGUGAAGUCUGCUGCUGUUCCCGCAGAGUAGCGUGAAGGGGAAAUAGACAUUUUUGACGGGCAUUUGUGAAGGAGUCAAGUUCUCGUUUGGGUAGUAGGGGGGCCUGUGUUUUUUAAUAGGAGAUGAAAGGGCUUGUGACCUUCUUCUGUAAUGCUCUGAGUGUUUGUGCCGUGGGGACAGGCGGCGCCUAGGAGCUGAAGCCGCUCUCUGGAGCGACAGGCCAUCUCCCUGGAUUGUGGUAUUGAGGCAUUCUUAUUGGCACGGAAUACUGGCAUUUUUGAAGGGGCAACAGGAUCUCAAACCCACCCGUUUGCUCUGUUGUUGAAGUGCACGGCGGCAUGAGAAAAGGUGGAUACCUACGAGGACAUUAUUCUCCCAUACUUUGACGUAGGCUCACCCCACUGCGGCACUGUCCCUCUCAUUUGGGCUAAGUGCGUUUACUGGACUUCUGUGUUCUUCUACAAGUUUUAAAUUUGGGUUCAGUGGUCCAUUGUAAUCACAGAUGUCUUCGGCCCGGUUCGAUUCAUCUGACAGGUCUAGCUGGUACUUUGGUCCAGUGUCUCGACAGGAGGCGCAGUCGCGGUUACAGGGUCAACGGCAUGGCAUGUUCCUGGUUCGGGACUCUUCUACAUGCCCUGGCGAUUAUGUCCUCUCUGUGUCCGAGAAUUCCCGGGUAUCGCACUACAUCAUCAAUUCAUUGCCUAACCGGCGCUUUAAGAUUGGCGACCAGGAAUUUGAUAACUUGCCCGCACUGCUAGAGUUCUACAAGAUUCAUUAUUUGGACACGACAAUACUUAUUGAACCUGCACCCAGGUAUCCAGCACCAGGUACCUGUUGUCCCCUCCCAUCUGCAGAGGAAGAUGUAGAGUAUGUUCGGACUAUGUACGAUUUUCCUGGGAAUGAUGCUGAAGAUCUUCCUUUCAAAAAAGGGGAAAUCUUGGUGAUUUUAGAGAAGCCUGAAGACCAGUGGUGGAGUGCUCGCAACAAAGAAGGGCGUACUGGCAUGAUACCCGUUCCAUAUGUGGAAAAGUUGAUCAAGUCUGCUCUGCAAGGGAAGUAUGGGAACAGGAAUUCUAACAGCUAUGGCAUCCCUGAACCUGCUCAUGCAUAUGCGCAGCCACAGACAACAAGUCCGCAGUUGGCAACUCCAGUUACACCUGGUGCAGUUAUUAAUCCUUUGCCAUCUACACAGAAUGGACCUGUUUAUGCAAAAGCUGUCCAGAAGCGAGUUCCAUGUGCUUAUGACAAAACUGCUUUAGCUUUGGAGAUAUGUCCUUUUAAUUAUUGCUACAACUCCAGUGGUAUUAAAUUGUGUGCACAUCAUGCAAGAAUCAAAAUUCUCAAGUUCUGUUUCCUUCAACUGAUUUUGCAGUGCCGCCUCUUUUGGUAAAACUGUUUGACUGAAGGUUUCUUUAAUUGUAGUCAUCAACAGAAUAAUCUUGGCUCAUUUGUAUGUUGUACUAUGUUUUUUGUCUUGGGUCUGUGUUUGAUGUCUUUACAAGCAUUCACUGUUAUCACUGGCAUGUAUAUAAAUUUUUUUAUGAUUCCUGCCAUGCUUUGCAUUAAUUGCCUUAGUUUCUGUGGUGAUUUCGGAGGUCCUGUCAGCACAGCCAAGAUUGACAUGACUAGUGAUGUGAUAGAUUUGAGAAACUUUGAGGUGCACAUGACAGCUUCUCUAUGCACAUGACAGCUUCUCUACAGGGCACUAUUGUAUUGGCUUUUUGGAAUUCUGCUGAUGGGAGGGAUGAAUGUUAAAGAAUUAUGCUGAAUAUAAAGAACUUUUCUUUGA